AUGGGAAUAGCCCGUCUCGAGAAAGGCCUGUUGGUUCUGAUCCAGGUGGCCGUUCAACUGGCUCAGCGUAUCGGCGCGGCCAUCUUCUGCACCGUCAGCACGGCUGCAAAACGCGCGCUGGUUAUGGACGACCAGGCGGGGUCGCUUAAGCCGGGCAUCAUGCGGGUCAAGAAACGGUGA